UUUUGCGACGCAGAACCCCCCGCAGCAAACAUGGUGAAUUUCACUACCGCCCAAAUGCGUGAAAUCAUGGACUACACGAAGAACAUUCGUAACAUGUCUGUGAUUGCCCACGUCGAUCACGGCAAGUCGACGUUGACAGACUCGUUGGUGUCGAAGGCUGGGAUUAUUGCUGCCAAGAACGCCGGCGACGCGCGUUUCACGGACACCCGCGCGGAUGAACAAGAACGUGGUAUCACGAUCAAGUCAACGGGGAUUUCCAUGUUUUUUGAAUACAACAUGGAUGCUGGCGAAGCGUUGGCGGCCAACAAGGCGCAUGCCGAAGCGACGGCCAACAAGCCCGCCGACGGCGAAUUCGUCCCCGAAGUCACAAUUAACGACAACUCGUACUUGAUCAACUUGAUCGACUCGCCCGGUCACGUCGACUUCAGUUCCGAAGUGACUGCCGCCUUGCGUGUGACGGACGGUGCGUUGGUCGUCGUUGAUGCCAUCGACGGUGUGUGCGUGCAAACCGAAACCGUGUUGCGCCAAGCCAUUGGUGAGCGCGUCAAGCCUGUGCUCAUGGUGAACAAGGUUGACCGCGCCUUGUUGGAAUUGCAAUUGCCCCCCGAGGAGUGCUACCAAUCGUUCAACCGCGCGAUUGAAAACGUCAACGUGACGAUUGCCACGUACAACGACGCCAAGCUCGGCGACGUGCAAGUGUACCCGUACAAGGGUACGGUCGCGUUUGGUUCCGGCUUGCACCAGUGGGGCUUCACCCUCAAGCGCUUUGCCAAGCUGUACGGCACCAAGUUCGGCAUUGACGAAGGCAAGAUGAUGGAAAAGUUGUGGGGCGACUGGUUUUUUGACGCCGAGGCCAAGAAGUGGAAGCGUUCGUCGGAAAAUGGCACGUUGAAGCGCGCGUUUGUCCAAUUCAUCAUGGACCCCAUCUGCAAGAUGUUCGACGCCAUCAUGAACGACCGCAAGGCCAAGAUCACCAAGAUGUUGCAAGCCGUCGGCGUCGAACUCAAGCCGGACGAACAAGAGUUGACGGGCAAGCCUCUCCUCAAGCGCGUCAUGCAAAAGUGGUUGCCUGCCGGGGACGCUGUGUUGGAAAUGAUUGUCGUGCACUUGCCGUCGCCCGUCGUCGCACAGCGCUACCGUGUUGACACGUUGUACGAUGGUCCGUUGGACGAUGAAUGCGCCAACGGUAUCCGCAACUGCGACGUGAAUGGUCCCUUGGUCAUGUACGUGUCGAAGAUGGUGCCGACUUCAAACGAUCGCGCUCGUUUCUAUGCCUUUGGCCGUGUCUUUUCUGGGAAGAUCUCGACUGGCCAAAAGGUGCGCAUGUUGGGCCCCAACUACGUGCCCGGCAAGAAGACCGACUUGUGGGUGAAGAACAUCCAGCGUACGAUCAUCAUGAUGGGUCGCUACGUCGAACAAGUGCCCGACAUCCCGGCCGGUAACACGUGCGGUUUGGUCGGUGUGGACCAGUACUUGCUCAAGUCUGGUACCAUUACGACGUCGGAAACGGGUCACACGAUCCGCACGAUGAAGUUUUCCGUGUCGCCGGUCGUGCGUGUCGCUGUCGAACCCAAGUCGGCCGCUGACUUGCCCAAGUUGGUCGAAGGGAUGAAGCGUCUGGCCAAGUCGGACCCGAUGGUGUUGUGCUACACGGAAGAAUCGGGUGAACACAUCAUUGCCGGCGCCGGCGAACUCCACUUGGAAAUUUGCUUGAAGGAUUUGCAAGAAGACUUUAUGGGGUGCGCCGUCAAGAUCUCGGAGCCUGUCGUGACGUACCGCGAAACGGUGACGGCCGACUCGUCGAUGCAAGUGUUGUCCAAAUCGCCCAACAAGCACAACCGUUUGUACUGCUCGUCAUCGGCGCUCUCGGACGAAUUGGUGGCCGAGAUCGAAGAAGGCAAGGAAGAAGUCAAUGUGCGCUACGAUGUCAAGCUCCGCGCCCGCUACCUUGCCGACAACCAUGGCUGGGACGUGACGGAUGCCCGUAAGAUUUGGGGUUAUGGCCCGGAUGGCGAAGGUCCCAACAUUUUUGUGGACCAAACCAAGGGGGUGUCGUACCUCGGUGAAAUCCGCGAAUCUGUCAUGGGCGGAUUCAACUGGGCCACCAAGACGGGCGUGUUGUGUGACGAAGUCGUUCGUGGUCUCCGCGUCAACUUGUUGGAUGUGGUGUUGCACGCCGAUGCCAUCCAUCGUGGCAUGGGUCAAAUCAUGCCCACUGCCCGUCGUGUGGUGUUUGCUGCCCAAUUGGUGUCGAGCCCGGCGUUGAUGGAACCCAUCUUUUUGGUGGACAUUCAGUGCCCGCAAGACGCCAUGGGUGGUGUGUAUGGUGUGUUGACGGUGCGCCGCGGCCAUGUCUUUUCGGAAGAGCAACGUGUUGGUACGCCCAUGAUGCAAAUGAAGGCGUACUUGCCUGUGAACGAAUCGUUUGGGUUCACGGAAGAAUUGCGCGCCAAGACGGGCGGCAAGGCGUUCCCUCAGUGCUCGUUUGACCACUACCAAAUCGUCAACGGCGACCCCCAAAUCGCGACCACGAUGGCCGGCAAGUUGGUCCACACGACCCGCGUCCGCAAGGGUCUGGCGCCCGAAGUGCCUCCGUUUGACCGAUUCUACGACAAGCUAUAAAGCGCUUUCCUAUUUUGUAUUUGAUGUCACAUUAGCCACCACCAAGUAUCAGAAUAUUACAAGACUUGCAUGCUUCCUCA